AUGCUCUCGACAUUGAAUCAUACUUCUCCGUGUUUGAGUGUCGUCACCAAGGGUGCUCUUGGGGCGUCGCGAAACGCUCUUGCUGCCUCCUUACCCCGACAUUUCGCCGGUAAGGCUUCUCCUAGUGGUGGUGAAUGGCAGACUAUGGAUGGUUGUACUGCUGUGUGCCAUGUGUCUUAUGCUAUGAUGGAAACCGCCUACAUUUACCCUAUUACCCCCUCGUCCCCUGCUGCUGAGCUUGCUGAGCAGUGGUCAGCGCUCGGUGUGAAGAAUGUGUUCGGUGAUAUCCCCAAGAUAACUCAGAUGCAGUCUGAAGCCGGUGCUGCCGGUGCCCUCCACGGUGCCUUGGCGGCCGGUUCUUUGGCCACUACCUAUACGGCCAGUCAAGGUCUCCUCCUUAUGGUGCCUAAUAUGUACAAGAUAGCUGGUGAACUCCUCCCCUGUGUUAUGCAUGUGGCCGCACGUGCUGUUUCUGGCCAGGCCUUAUCCAUUUUUGGUGAUCAUCAGGAUGUCAUGGCUGUCCGUCAGACCGGUUUCGCCAUGAUUGACGCCGAUACUGUCCAGGAGUGCCAUGAUAUGGCUCUGAUAUCUCACUUGGCUACUCUCAGAGCCAGAGUUCCUUUCGUCAGUUUCUUUGAUGGUUUCCGUCUCUCCCAUUGCAUUCAGAAGGUCGAUACUUUACCUUACAAUCAGAUGCGAAGGAUGAUCGAUAUGAAGGCACUAAAUGCUCAUCGUGCAAGAGCCCUCAAUCCUACUCGCCCUUAUGUCCGCGGUACCAACGAGAAUCCCGAUGUUUAUUUCCAACAGUUCGAGGCUUCCAACGCUUUCUACGAUAAGACUCCUAAAAUUGUGAAGGAGGAGAUGGACCGUGUUGGCGCUGUUACUGGUCGUCACUAUGAUCUCUUCCAAUGGUCCGGCCCGAAGGACGCUGAGGCAGCAAUUGUUAUUUUGGGUUCUGGCGCUAGUGUUGUUGAGGAGUCUCUACCUUACGUCAACGCGCAAGGCAAGAAGGUUGGUGUGCUCAAGCCCCGUCUUUACCGUCCCUGGUCCGCUGAAGACUUCCUCAAGACCUUGCCCAAGUCUGUUAAGCGCAUUGCUGUCCUUGAUAGGACUAAGGAACCUGGUGCUCUCGGAGAGCCUCUCUAUUUGGAUGUUGCCAGUACUAUUCAAGAGUCUGGCCGUUCGAACAUCAAAGUGAUCGGUGGCCGUUGGGGUCUCGGACAAAAGGAGUUCACACCCAAAUGUGUUGCUGCUGUGGCAGACAAUCUUUAUGCUCAAUACCCCAAGGAUCACUUCUCCGUGGGGAUCGAGGAUGAUGUGACUCACAGGUCUCUGCCUCUCAAUGAUGAGAUCAACGUGUCUCAUCCCAAGACCGUUGAGUGCCUCAUCUAUGGCUUUGGUUCAGAUGGUACUGUUGGUGCUAACAAGAACGCUACCAAGAUCAUCGGCGAUAAUACUGACCUCUUUGUCCAAGCAUACUUUGCUUAUAGCUCACAGAAGUCUGGUGGCUUGACAGUUUCUCAUUUGAGAUUUGGUCCCGAGCCUCUCAAGUCAUACUAUUCCGUCAGCAAGGCCGACUACGUCGGAUGUCACAAUACGACUUACAUAGACAUGUAUCGUAUGACUGAUCAUCUUAAGGACAAUGGUACCUUCUGCUUGAACUCGCCCUUCACUACGGUUGAGGAGUGGAACGAACAUGUACCCGCUGGUGUUCGUAAGGCACUCGCUGAAAAGAAUGCCAAGGUUUUCAACGUCGAUGCGUUCAAAGUUUCUGAGAAGUGUGGUAUGGGCCGCAUGAUUAAUGUUGUUAUGCAGGCUGUCUUCUUCAAGCUCGCUAAUGUGAUGGACUUCAAGGAGUGCAUUGCUUUGUACAAGAAUACCAUCAGGAAGAGUUAUGGUCAUCGUGGAGAAGCUGUUGUCCAGAAGAACUACGAGAUGAUAGAUGAGGCUCUUGAUGCGAUCACUGAGAUCAAGGUUCCUGCUGACUGGAAGAAUCUUUCGGAUAGUAUGCUCCGAUUUGAGCAAAACUACCAUGACGCUCUUGGUAGCUUGGCUAAGGAGAAGAGUGCUAUCAAUAAACCAAGUUUCACUGAGAAUAUCCAGGCUCCAGUUGCUCUCCAACGCGGUGAUGAUAUUCCCGUUAGUGCUUUUGCCAACGACGAACUCGUCGGUGGUAAGGUUCCUCUUGGAACCGCCAAGGUCGAGAAGCGUGGCGUUGCCUUGAUGAUCCCCAUCGUUGAUAUGGACAAGUGCACUCAAUGCAAUAUUUGCUCUAUGUCGUGUCCUCACGCUUGCAUCAGACCCUUCUUGUUGUCCCAAGCUGAGGAUGAUGCCAAGCCGAGUACCUUUGAUAGUCGUAAAGCCAAGGGUGGUGCCGAGGUUGCCGGUCUUCACUACAGGAUCCAGGUCUCGCCCUUGGAUUGCACUGGUUGUGAGACCUGUGUUAACGCAUGCCCCUAUGAUGCUCUAAGAAUGGAGCACUUGGCUGAUUUCGAGGAUAUCGAAAAGCCAAACUGGGAGUAUGCUGUGAGUCUCCCUGAUCGAUCUUCAAGGUUUGAUAAAACCACCCUCAAGGGCAGUCAGUUCUACCAACCUUUGCUCGAGUUCCAUGGUGCUUGUGCUGGCUGUGGUGAACUCCCUAUGUUCGCCUUCUCACUCAAAUGUUCGGUGACCGCAUGA